AGCGGCUCGGGUGAAUGAGCGGAGGGGUUGAGAGUGGAGCGAGAGGAGCGAGGUCCCACGCGCUCAGCUGCUGCUACUGCAGCAACCACCACCACCACGACCGAUCCCACAAAGACCACAGCAGUCAUCCACCGCCAACCUCCUCCUCUUGCUCUACAAGGCGAGAGCGCGAUGUCCGGGCAGCGGCCCCGGUGCUGCGACCACCCGGGAGAGGAUCUGGAGCUGCCGCCGCCGCCGCCGCCGCCGCCAUGCCCCACCGACGACUCGGAGCUCAUCAAGCCGCGCCGCCUCGUGAACCCCGUGAAGGAGUCGCGGGACCACCGAGACCUCCACCGCGAGCUCGUCUGCAACCACAAAACGGGCAACCUGCCACUGAACAAGCCGGAGCUGCAGAAGGUGAUGGAGAAGAGGAAAUGGGAGCAAGCCGGGCGGCAGCGGAAGGAGGAAGAGGCCUCGAAAAUCAACCCCCUGGAGAAGGAGCUUCAGAAGCGACAGCAGAAACUUGAGCAGCUGGAGUUGGAGCAGCAGAGGCAGGAGGAGGCCCAGAAGGAUGCCCCGGAGUUCGUGAAGGUGAAGGGAACGCUACGGAGCGCCGCCAAGACCCCAUCAGAGCAGCCCAGCAUGUAGCACUGAUGAACCCAUACCCAGCCCAUACACACUCCAUUGGGAUAACGCCCAGCCAUUGCACAGUGAAGCACCAGCUAGACCCAUUACUAUAACCAGCCAUUAAUCACUGCAGUAGCGAUGGGCCCAGCCAAUCCACCCCACGACGACGAGGAAUCCAUUGGCCUGGCGUCCCAGACCAUACGUAGUGCACCAGCGGGGUAGACCCAUCGCACGGAGCAGGAGGACUUGCCCAGCACGUUCGGACAUCAACGCAUCUUCCUCAAGGCCUCUCUGAAUGUAGGCCGUAUAUUUAAUUGCAUUCAGAAUCACACAAGAUACAUACAUUGACAAACAAAUGUAAUUGUCUGCAAAGUUUGCUUGCACAAUAUAAAAAAAAAAUGAUAAAAACAAUAAAAAUAUAAAUAAGUAGAUAGUUACCCAUAAAAGACUUGUAAUAAUGUUACAUAGUAAUAGCGAAGAGAUCUGGGAGUGGCUCCGAGAGCUCAAGAUGGCCAUGUCAGAUCACUGAGCUGACACUGCUGUGGUUCUGGCUUUGAAUUCCGGCUCCACUUGCGUGUGAUUUAAACCGGGCUCUACGCGUACAGCCAGUCCGGUGGUCUCAGCCUUGUCACCAAUCACUGCACAAAAAAAAAACCCUCGUCACAUUCAGUGUAGGUUGUCACUUAAUUUGGCACGUGGCAGCUAUGAGGGGCUACGAUUUUCAGUUUUCCCAUAUAUAUAUCUCCUUUGCAGGGCAUAUGCUGUGUACAUACGUGUGCUGCCAUAGUGUGAAUGGAUCCGAGUCCUGUUGAAGUGACUUCAGAAGUAGUUCUAUGAUCUCAUCUUCUGGGGGCCACAGUGGCGCUGCUCCCCUCGUGAGUUCACAAUCGAAACGCCAUCUUUUCGUGACGUGGGCGCCAUUGGCAAGAGAGGAAUAUCAUUUGUUGAAAGAAAAAAUCUAAAUAAUUAUAGCAACAACAAUAAUAACGACUUCAUUGCUUUUAUUAUAGCCCGUGAGUAUUUUAAUGCAUGCGCAUAACUCUGAAUGGCGCCAUGAAAGUUUACGUAUUUUAGUAAACAUUAUUUUCUGGCGGAGGAGGCUACACGGUGAAGGCGCGUCGGUUUAAAGUGAAAAACGUGAAUCGUUUGAUUUUUUUUGGGUUCCCUCUCCCCCCUCUCUGGUACCGAUUCGAUCCGUGCCAAACCGACGUCGCGCGUGCCGGAGAGCGGCGACGCUCUCUGCCGCUUAGUUGCGCGCACGCAACACUGCUCAGGAAUGGGGGGGGGGGGCGCUGAUGCCUGUGUGAGGCUCUGUGAGCUCCUGCACAGACUCCUCGUAUUGGUGUUGGUAGUGAGGAUGGUAGUAGGAGCGACAUUGUGAUUUGUGACGGGCACACUUGUUGAGUUGUUCGUAGGGGAUCGAUGUGGGGCUUGUGACAGAAGCAUACGGGACCCAGCUUGCGUCUUGUUUAUUUACGUACGUAAGUACACAAACCAGACGCACGUACGUACGUGCCGGCAUGGGUUUUUGUUUUAUUUAUCGUCGGUGACUCCCAGCUGUCGUUUUUUUGGAGUCGCCUUGGCACGACGUGGGGAGACAUCUCUUCCAGAUGUCCUCCAGCCAAGAGAACAUCGCUUCACAUCGGGGAAUUGCCUGAGAAGAUGACAUGACAGAACUAAUUCCGAGUCGAUUCACAAGGCCUCUCUCUCCCCCCCCCCCCAACUCUGACGCACACCAGUAAGAGGGCGCCAUGAGUCAUAACGCAAAUUACUCCCGUGGAUUUUUACUUUCCGGCUGUAGGGAUAAAGUUAGUGGGAAAGAAAUUGCAAAAACAACAUUUCUAGUCAUCGCCAAGCUUCUGUUUAUUUGGACAAAUCUGGCACGUGUAUAAAUGUGAGGUGCGAACCGGUCAUGGCUUUACUUAAAAAUUAACUCGCAAAAACAUAAAAAACGCAGAGAAACUUUUGGGAUCUGUAUUCGCAUACAAAAAGCUUUUUUUGCCCCACCGCAAUGUUAUGAAGCCGACAGAUUGCGUAUAGAAACACAGAUGCUCUAAAAGACUUCUCCUCUCGUUGGUUUCAAUCGAAAGUGGAAUUUAAAAAAGGAAUAUAUUGCUUCCACAUUGUCAAAACCACAAGCCGAUAGUGUUUUUUUUGAAUGAAAAAAACUCUUUAACACACCAACCCCCUGGCUUGGUUGGCGUUCGCGAAGUUUGGUGACCGUGGGGGUUUCGGCGUCAGCGACCGCCACGGUGCGUGUGCCCGACUUGCGGGGCGCGCGAUGCCCCGCGCGCGUGUUGCACGCGGCAGUGCGGUGUUUGUGGUCACCCACGGCGAGGUGCCACUGCUGUCUGUGAAACUUCACUUUGCUCUGUAUCUGUACAGCAAAGCGGCGCUGUGCUCCGAGCAUUUGUCUAAUCUUUGGAAGGUCUGGGGUUAAACCGACCCAACCAUCAUCGCCCUUCUGGGGGGGGGUCGAUAAAAUAUGAACUGCUUUUUGGGAAGCCCGCAGGUGGUUGAAUUGUAUUUCCCUGCUCUAAGUGUUACCAGGUAGCGUUUUUGAGCCAGUGGUGGAAAUUAUACAUUUCCAUGACGGGGGGCCAGAUUAUUCCUAGGACCACCACCAUGAAAAGACUCCAACUUUUUUAUUGACCCUUAAGAGAUGAUGGACUUGGUUGUCCUCUGAACCGUGCAUAAAGCCACGGUCUGCGUUCAGAUUGUGGGUCAAAUUCUCUCACGGCUGUCGAGCUGGGCAGAGUGCCGCUGCAGGAACAGCACCGCCGCGAGACGGUGGUGUUGUGGGUACAGUAAACUUGCCUCUGUCGCCAGUCUUUACAUUAAAAAAUAUUCCGUUGUUUCUGCCGCCCUAAGUUGACACAGAGUCAACGGGCAGCAAUAAAACAGCCAUCGACCGGUGUUUUGAAGCCGCGUUCACGAGGAACAAAAUCUCCUUUAAAGUUGACGGCUGGGCACUCUCUGGGACAUCGCCGUCUCGUCGCUCCCGUGCCUGUGAACGCGUCGUUGCAAUGCCGUCCCGAGUGUCGGACCAGGUGAUGUUUAAACGUCUGUUGUUCGGUCAACGCUUCUUCACAUUUGCGUUGGGGGCAGCCUGGCGCGCCCAGCCUUGGGUGGGCAUCCAUGGAAGACCCAGCCGCGGUGUUCUGAGUUGGGGUCGGGCUGGCUGCCUGCCUGCCAGCGGGAAGGUAGCACGCUGGGACCAUCGCCACUGCUGGGAGGGAGGCCGCAAGGGACCGAGAGCUGUAGCCUAGUAACCACAUUGUCAGUGGUGUGGUGACGACAUUGUCAGUGGUGUGGUGACGACAUUGUCAGUGGUGUGGUGACGACAUUGUCAGUGGUGUGGUGACGACAUUGUCAGUGGUGUGGUGACAUUGUCAGUGGCGUGGUGACUGGUGACGACGUUGGCUGCUCAGGGGGUGCGGCAAUCGGUGAGGUGGGGGCCCCCCAAUAUUUGAUUUGUCACGAACGGUCGCCAAACGUUACUGCUGUAAUUAAAUUAAAAUAAAAACGUGGGACGUCAACAUAAACCAUUUUCACUUUUAAAAAAAUACAUUAAAACCGCGUUUUAAAUAAGUUUGUUAUUGUACACUGUUGAAAACCUAUCUCACGGUGGUAAUCAAGGGGGACCCAAACUCGUAGCUUUGUUCCACCGGGGGAUGGGGGGGGGCAAGGCGCCGCCUGGCUGCCCCCCCGCGCUCGUUCCGCUGCUGGUCGAGAGGGCCGCAGGUUGCGUGGCGCGGUGGAGCGGCAGUCGUUUGGGACAAAACUAAAAAUCCCGUGAGCUUGUUGAGGAGUGGCGAGCGCCACAGCCGUGCGAUUUGAUGUCAGAACGAACAAAAUGCAUCGCCGUGUCUCGUCUGUAAAGUAUUUAAGUGUACGUCGUGUGUUUAUAUUUUUUUUGUAUGUAAAAAAAGAACAACAGAAAGAUUACGUUAUUUUGAUACCAGACUAAUUUUGUCCAUUUUGUGUUUCCAUCUGUGACUCGCCUAAUAAAGGUGCAUUUCCAUAAAAA